UACUGUACACCACAUACAAUGUCCUUCUACCCUCCAGUGUCCUCCUACGACUUUCACAUCUACUACCACUACAAGAGUCAGGCCUCGCUACAAGAAGCCAUCGAGCUGAAAAACUCCAUUUUCAAGGACUUCCAUGAUGAGGUUGAAAGCGAUGAGAUUAUUGUGAAGGUGCUGAGAAGCGAGGAAGUUAGAGGACCUCACAUCACUGCGUUCUUUGAAGUUGAUGUCCAGGAGCCCUCGGUAUUUGUAAAGUUCUUCUCGUGGAUUCAAUUGAACCAUGGGUCGUUGUCUGUUCUCGUUCAUCCUAAUUCUGACGACACAUAUUUAGACCAUACCCACCAUGCGGCAUGGUUGGGGGAUAAGAUCCCACUGUUGGAGGAGACAUUGAAGGGGAAGAAGUUUUACGAUCCUAACUACGGCUUCCCUUCAAGAAAGCUGAUUGCAGAAGGGUUUUAUAAAGAUCCUGAACUGUACAACAAAAGUAUUAUGAUUCGUUUGCUACAGCCUGGACCAGAUGAUGAGCUCUACGAUAAGGGCGAGUUUAGUUAAUAAAU